AUGACCGAUUUUAGAUGGGGUAUAAUCGAAAAGAUGAUUCCGAAAAAUACAUUAAGUAAAAUAAGUUAUGAAGUCGAAGAAGAUGAUUUAAAAUAUGAUCUUAUAAAAGAAAUCGAUUAAUAUGAUUUGUAGUUAAAAUAUGGAGGUUUAGCUAGAGAUGCAACGAAGUUUUGGGAUAUAAUUUAUUCAGAAGAAGAUGAAAAUUAAUAAGAAAACGAUCAAUAGUUAAAAUUAGAAGAAGAGCUUUUUUUGGAGGAGGAUUUUACCACAGAAAAUUCAAAUUGGAAAGAAAUCCAAAUGAAUCUAGUUUUGAGUAUUAAUAAAGGUUAAAGCAAUAUGAUGGGUUAAGAAAUGGAUAACUUAGAAGAGGAAGUAGAGAAAAUAGUUUUGAAUAUUCAAGAAGAGUUAAUGGAUAUUUUUAGUAAUAAAUAAUUAUGA